AUGCUGUGUCAGGAUGUUCACCAAUUUGGUCAAAAGCUGGUCCGCAGGCGGCUACUGGAGCCCAGGGAGGGGUUUGAGAGGCCCAAGGCUGGUCAUCUGAACACUCUGGACCUGGUGGCCUUGGGUGUGGGCAGCACCCUGGGAGCUGGUGUGUACAUCUUGGUUGGAGAAGUGGCUGUGUAUGAGGCUGGACCAGCAACUGUCAUCUGCUUCUUUGCGGCCGGAGUGUCUACUCUUUUGUCCGGGCUCUGCUAUGCGGAGCUGGUGGCCUGGGUACCACGCCCCGGUUCUGCGUAUCUCUACAGCUACGUCACUGUGGGAGAACUGUGCGCCUUCAUCAUUGGCUGGAACCUCAUCCUGUCCUUUGUCAUGGCGACUGCCUGUGAGGCCAGAGCCUGGAGCUACACCUUUGACAGCCUGAUUGGGAACCACAUCUCUCAGGCAUUACAGGAGAUGUUCUCUCUGAACGUGCCCUACUUCCUGGCCACCUAUGUAGACUUUUUUGCCUUCGUCCUGGUGCUGCUGCUCACAGGACUACUGGUUCUGGGAGUUCAUGAGUCAGCCCUAGUUAGCAAAGUGUUCACAAGCUUGAACCUUUUGGUCCUCAGCUUCAUCAUCCUCUCUGGCUUCAUUAAGGGAGACCUGCACAACUGGAAGCUCACGAAUCAGGACUACUCAUUGAACACAUUGAACACAUCUGGAUACAGUGACAUCUCUAGCUUGGGCCCUCUGGGUUCUGGAGGGUUUGUGCCCUUUGGCUUUGAAGGGAUUCUUCAUGGAGCGGCGACAUGUUUCUACGCCUUUGUUGGCUUUGAUGUCAUUGCCACUACAGGGGGUGAAGUCCCAAAUCCUCAUCGUUCCAUCCCCUUGGGCAUCGUGAUUUCACUCUCCAUCUGCUUUUUGGCAUGUUUUGGUGUCUCAGCGGCACUCACCCUCAUGGUGCCCUACUACCAGAUUCAGCUUGAAAGCCCCUUGCCACAGGCUUUUCUCCACGUUGGGUGGGGCCCUGCCAGAUAUGCUGUGGCUGUUGGUGCCCUCUGUGCUCUUACAUCCAGUCUCCUGGGUACCAUGUUCCCCAUGCCUCGGUUGAUCUAUGCAAUGGCAGAGGAUGGGCUCCUUUUCCAGGGACUUGCUCAGAUCUAUACCUGCACAAGCACCCCCAUCCUGGCCAUUAUAUUGGCUGGAAGUCUUACAGCAGUCAUGGCACUACUCUUUGAGCUCACUGAUCUUGUGGACCUCAUGUCAAUUGGGACCCUGCUCGCUUACGCCUUGGUGGCCUUUUCUGUGCUUGUCCUCAGGUACCGAUCAGAACAGACUUUAAGCAAGAAGGAGGAAAUUGAUAUUUCAAAACAUGAAGCAAGUCCUUCAGAACCAGUACCUGAAGCAAGAAUCUCAAGGAUUCUGAAGACUCUGUGGUUCCCUACCAGCACCAUCCCCACUCUGAAGUCUGGCCAGAUUGUCUAUGGAUGUGCCUCCCUGCUUGUUCUCCUGCUGACCAUCCUGAGUGUGAUCCUGGCCCAGUGGCCCAGCCAGGUGUUCUCUGGAGACCCCGGGCUCACAACAGUGACUGUGCUGCUGCUGCUGCUCAUCACUGGGGUCACAGUCAUCAUCUGGAGGCAGCCCAAGGACCCAGCUCCUGCGUACUUUGAGGUCCCUGCUCUGCCUGUCCUCCCACUGGUGAGCAUCUUUGUGAAUGUUUACUUGAUGAUGCUGAUGACCCCGAGGACUUGGACCCAAUUUGGAAUCUGGAAUGCAAUUGGAUUUCUCAUAUACUUUGGAUAUGGGAUCCGACACAGCCUAGCAGGGAACAAUCAUCAAUAG